ACUACUGACAAGAAAACUUAACAUCGAUUGAUAUUCAUAAAUAGACAAGCAAUAGUUUCUUUUUGAAAAACAGUCAUACUUCAGUAUUCACAAGUGCGGGCUUACAACCUAUGACACGGUUACAGCAACUACCAAGUUGUUUUGAGUUCUUUAUGGGACAACAGCAACAGUUUUACCUUUCUUUAAACAACCACUAUGACUCUUCCUCCAAACUGGAAGGAUUUCCUAGAAAGGAAGCUGGUAAACCUGCUGUUUCGCUACCUGUUUUACGCUUUGUUCAAGCAGCAGCUGGUGCUUCUGCAGGAAUAGUCAAUACUAUUGUGUUAAGCCCCUUGGAUGUGGCGAAAACAAGACUGCAAGUACAGCAUCAUAUUGCUGCCAAUCUUAAAGCACAGUGUAGACACACGCAUCCAGCGUUGAAAUAUAGAGGGAUGAUAGACGCAUUGAAGGUGAUGAUCAGGGAAGAAGGAGUGAGAGGAUAUUACAGAGGUUUAUCUGCUAGUUUAUGGGCAUUUAUUCCCAACUGGAGUAUAUACUGGGUUACUUAUGAGGAGUUGAAAAGAGACUUGGCUCCUAGACUGCAACACUGGGCUUCCAUCAACUUCAUGUUAUCAGCUAUGGGAGCAGGAACCGUCACCGCUCUAGUGACGGCACCCUUGUGGUUAGUGAAAACGAGAAUGCAGGCUGAAGCAAAGAUACCUGAAUAUUGCAAGUAUCGAUCUGUUUGGGGUACAUUGGCCUUGAUUACUAAAGAAGAGGGUUUUUGGGCUCUUUAUAGAGGUUUACUUCCCACUUUGUUAGGUUUGAUACACGUUGCUGUACAAUUUCCAGCUUAUGAACAUAUCAAGACCCUGCUCAGUCGUCAUAGAAUGGACCAAGAAUGUACCACAGUCGAUAUUUUCAUAGCCUCUUCAUUAUCCAAGGUUUUAGCUAGCUGUGUUGCCUAUCCACAUGAGGUUUUACGAUCAAGGUUGCAAAUUAGUGGGUCCAAAGAGAUGGCAUCCUCAUCACGUCAAUUGCGUUUUGUAAGCAUGUCAAAGGAAAUAUAUCGAAAAGAAGGUAUUCGAGGUUUUUAUCGAGGUUUUUUAGCCAAUUUGGCAAGAACUGUUCCAGCUUGUGUAGUAACCUUUGCGACAUAUGAAUUCACCACUCGUNGAUUCCUUGGGAAGCUAGAGUUUAAUAUCACUAACUUGACCUGUUUGUUCAAAGUGUGUUGGAUUAUUUUUGGAUCGAACCAAAUAGUAAAGCUGUUUCUCAACAAUCGGUUAUUCUCUUUUUCAUUUAUGAAAGAAUCUUUGGCUGAAGAGCGAGAAGCGUUAAAGCUUAUUUAUGGAAAAGACUUGUUCUGGAACCUUAAGCAAGGCACCUUAAGUGUACAGUUGUUGAUAUCCAAUAGGUGAGCUUCCUAGUUAUCCGUUCUUAAAGGUGUUGUUUGUCAACAAUAAACUGAUGUAAAGGACAGCUUUGGUUCAGUUUU